CACGAAUAGUUCUCUGUGUGGCUAAAAAUGUUUGCUUUAAACAAAUAAUAGUUUAUAGAGAUUUUUUUCAGAACUGUAAACGUUCUGGAAACGUAAAAUUCGUAUGUAUUAGUAACGAAUUAAAAAAAGAAAUCAAAAUUGUUAUAAUUAUUUUUCGAAGAAAUUCGCCUUGUAAUCUUCUAGAUUUAAUUUUCAAACGACGGUAAAAUUAAUUUCUUAACGCGCUACUAAGGCUCCAAAUUUUAAUUUCUUUCUUCUUUAAACGUAUUUUUGUAAUCUACUUUUAAAAUAUUAUCUUUCCAAUUAAAUAAGUAAUCAUUGAAAAUAUACGUUUAAAGAAUACAUUAAAAAAUAAAUUUUCUAUUCCAAUGUACUUCCUUUCGAUAAUUUUGUCGAUUAUAACAUUGUCUUUGAUGAAUUUGUCGUAUUUUAUGUAACACGAAUAUUCCAAGAAUAAAAAAUAAAUUGGCAUUAAAUACAAAUAAUUUCAACAUAUCCUCAAAUCAAUUUUGUCAAAACCGAUCCAGGGAUCAAUUGAUGCCCAUCUCUCUCUUCACAACGAACUUCCCCUUCGUUGCUAUAGGCGUGUCGUAUCUAAUCGUAGAAAGAAAGAAAGAAGGCGUUGUUCUCCUCACGAGACGACUUCGUUAUCGGCCAUUAUCGAAAUUUCUUUCAUUGCCGAUACAAACCGACCUGGUAAACAAGCAGAGAGAGAGAGAGAGGAGGAGGAGUCAUCGUCGAUAGCCGAUGCAAACAUUCCAGUGAAUGAUCCUCCGUAUUCAACGACACGAGUGCACCGUCUUGCGUCUACAAAAGUCAACGAGCGACGAUUUUUCGGAAGCAUCGGGGAUCAAUCAUCUCGAACAAUUGUGGACUGAAUCGAUCGAGGUGGAAAAAGAGAAAGAAAAAGAAGAAAGGGCGAGUCGAGUUUCGUUCCUCGCCAUACCAUUUUCGCUGGUAAUUGAUGCUUCGAAUAUUGGAAAUACUUUUAUUCUGAUUCCGAGAAUAAAUAGCCGGGGGAAAAGAGGAUGAAUAGAACGGUGCAUUAUGCGUUGGUGGCGUUCUGGGAGAAAUCGGGAUGCAAAAUCGUGGCCGAUUACCCGGUGAAGCAGGAUCCAGCUUACAGGGAGAUCGCUUUGAGCACGGUCGAUGGACUAAAGUCGGUGGAGAAUGACAAGAUCAGCUUCGAUCGGGGCAAGUACACGGUGCACGUGCUCAUCGGUGAACUUCAUUACGCCUGCUUGACCCUGAAACCGGAUUGCCCUUCGUCAGCAGCCAAGUUGGAGUCCUGUUCCCAGGUAUUUCUGGAGAGGUUGAGAAGCAUUUACAAGGAGCUUCCUAUUCUGGCCGAUCUGACGAGAGAUCUAACCAGUUUGACUAUCAUCGAUCUCUCGAAACCUCUGAAAAAGAUAGUAGAUGAAUACAAUCAACAUAAUACCGACGUGAUUCCAAGAUUGGAAGGAGAACUGGCGGAAAUUCGUGAAAUUUUGAUGGACGGGGUUCAGAAAUUGAUCGACAGAGGCGAGAGACUCGACGAACUCGUUCGAAAGACUCAGAGCUUGCAAAUUAUGUCAAAGGAUUUUCACGUAUUGGCAAGAACGAACAAGAAGAGGAAGAACGCCAUUAUGGCGGCGAUGACGGUGACGUUUAUGUUUCUUUCCACGACCCUCUUCGUGUUUCUACUCUACGUAGGGAUUCUCUGAAAAAUUGUUAUAAACGUAACGCAUAAGAUUUUCUAAGAUAUACAAGAAAAUAAAUAAUUUAUUAGCCAGAAAAA